CAGAAGGCCCGGUGGUGAUCCCGUUAGUUCAGGGGCUAGGAGGGCGGGAAAGCCCGGGACCGCGCCCCGCCCCCGAGAGGGCCCUGAGAGCGGUAGGGUUUCUUUGGGCUCGGAGUAGGUGAGGCCGCGCCCUCUUUGAGGGCAGGUUGGAGGAAAGCUUCUUCAGACAGAGGCUGGCCAGGUUUCCUUCAGUUUAGGAACUAAACGGCCUUCGUUCUUUCAGUUUUCGGACGGAUUGGAUGCGUCGCUCUCAUUUGGGAAGAGCAGUGGGAGGGGUCCCUUUCCGUGCAGAGCAAGCAGUGAGAGAUUUCACUCAGUUUGAAGGAUCAGUUCAGUAACCGGUGGGAUGCAGGGCAAGUGCACUUCAGGUCGGGGGCGGGAGGAGGGGAAGAAUGGGAUGAGCCAGUAGAAAAUGUUCCCCUCUGGGGGAAGGGGUGGGAUGGGUGCCCCCAGCCUGGAUGCAAAAUGGAGAUGACCUCUGGGGCGAGAUGAGUCGAAUGCCCCUGAAAUUUGUGGAAAAUGUGGGUGGACCCCUCCUAGAUGAAAGAUAAUCAAUAGGCUUGGUUUUCCAUAGGUUUCCGCUUAGUUUCAUGGAAAAGGUGGGAAGAGUUCCCUACAGUUUGAGGGAAGGGGACGCCCGGAUGCCCCUCGUUUUGGGAGACGAAGAACAGCCUCCUGCUCAGCCUCAAUGAGCUGCGCGCAUUUUGGGCCUUGGAGUUUCCAGGGACGUUGGGGGCAGUGUCGUCCGUCAUGGUUUUCUGCAAGCGCGCAGUGCGCGUGCGCAGCUUUGGUCCGGGCGGGGGCCCGAAGGGGGUCCCAGGCUCCAGACGGCGGCGCGCAAGGCGGGCGCACACUGCCCCCUGCCGUCUGCACCUGGCCGCGCCGGGGCCCGUGGUGUCAGCUGCAGGGGCUGGCUGCUGGCCGCCGGGAAGCACAAGCCAGGACGCCGCGCCACUCUUGCCCGGACCCCGCCUUCCGCGGACCCCCGCCCCUCCCAUGGCGAGCUGCCCCUGGAGGGCGGUGGCUGCUCACCUCUGAGUCCGGGAGAGGGUUGAUUUGGGGAAGAUUUGGGCGGACGGACUCGAAGGAGUAGGUUGCGGGACUUGGGGGAGGGCUGCACUAGGGGAUUUUUGCAGCAGGGACUGGUUUCGAGGGGAUGGAGGAGGGGGUAUCCACUACGGGCGUCCGGGGCAGGGUUUCAGAGUCUGGACCUGGCUUGGGGGUAACGGAGCCUGGAUUGGGGGGUGCGGGUCCCACGUGCCUGUGACGCGGGGGCGCCCGGUAGGCGGCGGCGGCGGCGGCGGCGACGCGGGGCCGGCGGCCGUGCGGUGCGGGAGGGCGGCUGGGCAGGCUGCAGGAUGCUGCGCGCCGCGGUGCCCCUGCUCGGGCUGCCCCUGGCGGGAGCGGGGAUAACCGAAGAACCCACCCAAGAGCCGGGAUCGCCGGGCGAACCGCCGCCAGGUUUGGCGCUCUUCCGGUGGCAGUGGCACGAGGUGGAGGCGCCCUACCUGGUGGCCCUGUGGAUCCUGGUGGCCAGCCUGGCCAAAAUCGUGUUUCACCUGUCCCGGAAGGUAACAUCUCUGGUUCCGGAGAGCUGCCUGCUGAUUUUGCUGGGCUUGGUGCUAGGGGGCGUUGUCUUGGCCGUGGCCAAGAAAGCUGAGUACCAGCUGGAGCCGGGCACCUUCUUCCUCUUCCUGCUGCCUCCUAUCGUGCUGGACUCGGGCUAUUUCAUGCCUAGCCGGCUGUUCUUUGACAACCUGGGUGCCAUCCUCACCUAUGCUGUGGUGGGCACGCUCUGGAAUGCCUUCACAACAGGCGCUGCCCUCUGGGGCCUGCAGCAGGCUGGACUUGUGGCCCCUAGGGUGCAGGCCGGCCUGCUGGACUUCCUGCUGUUUGGGAGCCUCAUCUCAGCGGUGGACCCUGUGGCUGUGCUGGCUGUCUUUGAGGAGGUGCACGUCAAUGAGACGCUCUUUAUCAUUGUCUUUGGCGAGUCCCUGCUCAAUGACGCAGUCACUGUGGUGCUGUACAAGGUCUGCAACUCCUUUGUGGAGAUGGGCUCUGCCAAAGUGCAGGCCACUGACUACCUGAAGGGUGUCGCCUCCCUGUUUGUGGUCAGUCUGGGCGGGGCAGCCGUGGGCUUAGUCUUUGCCUUCCUCCUGGCCCUGACCACACGCUUCACCAAGCGGGUCCGCAUCAUCGAGCCACUGCUGGUGUUCCUCCUCGCCUACGCAGCCUACCUCACUGCUGAAAUGGCCUCGCUGUCUGCCAUACUCGCGGUAACCAUGUGUGGCCUGGGCUGUAAGAAGUAUGUGGAGGCCAACAUUUCCCAUAAGUCCCGCACGACUGUCAAAUACACAAUGAAGACCCUAGCCAGCUGUGCUGAGACCGUCAUCUUCAUGCUGCUUGGCAUCUCGGCCGUGGACUCUUCUAAGUGGGCCUGGGACUCUGGGCUGGUGCUGGGCACCCUCUUCUUCAUCCUGUUCUUCCGAGCCCUCGGCGUAGUCCUGCAGACGUGGGUGCUGAAUCAGUUCCGGCUGGUCCCUCUGGACAAGAUUGACCAGGUGGUGAUGUCCUAUGGGGGUCUGCGGGGGGCUGUGGCCUUUGCUCUCGUCAUUCUACUGGACAGGAACAAGGUCCCUGCCAAGGACUACUUUGUGGCUACCACUAUUGUGGUGGUCUUCUUCACAGUCAUCGUGCAGGGCUUGACCAUCAAGCCGCUAGUCAAGUGGCUGAAGGUGAAAAGGAGUGAGCACCACAAACCCACCCUGAACCAGGAGCUGCACGAGCACACUUUUGACCACAUUCUGGCUGCAGUGGAGGACGUUGUGGGGCACCAUGGCUACCACUACUGGAGGGACAGGUGGGAGCAGUUUGACAAGAAGUACCUGAGUCAGCUGCUGAUGCGGCGAUCAGCCUACCGCAUCCGGGACCAGAUCUGGGAUGUGUACUACAGACUCAACAUCCGGGAUGCCAUCAGCUUUGUGGACCAGGGAGGCCACGUCUUGUCCUCCACAGGCCUCUCUCUGCCCUCUAUGCCCAGCCGCAAUUCUGUGGCAGAGACCUCUGUCACCAACCUGCUGAGGGAGAGCGGCAGCGGCGCGUGCCUGGACCUGCAGGUGAUUGACACGGUGCGCAGCGGCCGGGACCGGGAGGAUGCUGUGAUGCACCAUCUGCUGUGCGGAGGCCUCUACAAGCCGCGACGCAGGUACAAAGCCAGCUGCAGCCGCCACUUCAUCUCAGAGGAUGCACAGGAGCGGCAGGACAAGGAGAUCUUCCAGCAGAACAUGAAGCGGCGGCUGGAGUCCUUUAAGUCCACCAAGCACAACAUCUGCUUCACCAAGAACAAGCCCCGACCACGCAAGGCUGGCCGCAAGAAGAAGGAUGGUGUCGCUAAUGCUGACGCUACAAACGGGAAACCUCCUCGAGACCUGGGCUUUCAGGACACAGCUGCUGUGACAUUAACGGUGGAGUCGGAGGAGGAAGAGAGCGACAGUUCAGAGACAGAGAAGGAAGACGAUGAGGGGAUCAUCUUUGUGGCUCGGGCCACCAGUGAGGUUCUCCAAGAGGGCAAGGUCUCAGGCAGAGUAACAGAGAGAGAGAGAGAGAAAGAGAAAGAGAUAAAUCUUCCAUCUGCUGGUUCACUCCACAAAUGGCUGCAACAUCAAGGACUGGGACAGGCUGAAGCCAGGAUCCAGAAGCUUCUUCCAGGUUUCCUACAUGGGUGCAGGGGCCCAAGGAUUUGGGCCAUCUUCCACUGUUUUCCCAGGCACAUUAGCAGAGAGCUGGAUCAGAAGUAGAGCAGCCUUGACUCAAACCAGCACUCAUAUGGGAUGCCUGUGUUGCAGGCAGUGGCUUAACCAGUUAUACUACAACGCUGGCACCCUACUAGGUUCUUUUGAAGCAAAUUUCAAACAUCUCGCCACUUUAUCAAUAAAUGCUUCAGCAGAUAUCCCUAAAAGAUAAGGAUUCUUUUUUAUUAUAGUGUGAGAAGCACAAAGACCAAGAGACAGCUAGACACGAGAGAGCACUUCCAGCAGCUGGUUCAUACCCCCUAAAUGCCCAAAAUGGGCAGGACUAGGUCAGGCUGAAGCUGGGAGCUGGAAACUGAACCCAGGUCUCCCACGGGUAGAAAGGAACCCAAUUACUUGAGCUGUCACUACUGCCUCCCAGGGGCUAUGUUAGCUGCAAGCUGGAAUCAAGAGCCGAGGAGCACAUUGAACCCGGGUAUUCUGUAAGGGGCACAGGCACUCUAACUGGUGUUGUCAUUGCUAGGCCAAAUAUCUGCCCCAGGAUUCUUUUUUGGGGUUUGUUUAUACAUUGUUUAUUGUUUAUUUGAGAGGCAAAGAGAAAGAGAGGCAGACAGACACACAGAGAGUUCACCAGUUCACUUCCCCAAAUGCCUCUGAUGGCUGGGACUGAGUUCACCAGUUCACUUCCCCAAAUGCCUCCGAUGGCUGGGACUGGGCUGGGGCUGGCCUCCCAUUUGGGUGGCAGGGACCCAAUUACUUGAGCCAUUAGUGCUGCCUCACAGGUCUGCAAUGGUGGGAAGCUGGAGUCAGGAGCCUGAAAUUGAACCUAGGCACUGCCAAUAUGGGAUGCGGGUAUCUUAACUGCUAGGCUAAACACCUAUUCCUAGAUAAGGAUUCUUUUUUAUAACCACAAUACCAUUACCAUAUCCAAAAUGUGUGUCAUGAAAUACCUAGUCAGUAUUCAAAUUUCCCUGGUCUUUUUUUUUUAAAUAAUUUUAUUUAUGCCCUAGAAAUUUUUAAAAUUUAUUUAUUUGAAAGGCAGAGUUAGAGAGAGAGGGAGAAAUACAGAGAGAUCUUGCACCCGCUGAUUCACGCCCCAGAUGGCCACAAUGGCCAGGGCUGGCUGGGCCAGACUAAAGCCAGGAGCCAGGAGCUUCUUCCAGGUCUCCCAAGUGGAUGCAAUGGCUGAAGCACUAGGGCCAUCUUCCACUGCUUUCCCAGGUGCAUUAGCAGGGAGCUGGAUGGAAAGUGGAGCAGAUAGGACAUGAACUGGCCCUCAUAUGGGAUGUGGGCAUUGAAGGCAGCAGCUUUACCUGCUACACCACAACGCCAGCCCCUUCCUGUUUUUCUUUUUGUGUUUUAGUAUGUUUGUCCACAUGAAAACUCAGAUAAAGUUCACACACUGCAUUUGGCUGUAAAAUGUAAACUUCAGCACUGGUUCUCAAGGGGUGGCAGUGGCAGAAUGACUUUCGCCUCCUGAGGACAUUUUUGGUUAUCACAACUGGAGAGGAUGCAUCUGCAUUGAGUGGGAGGAGGCCACUGUCGCUGCUGAACAUCCAAACAUGCACAGGGCAGCCCCCAACAAAGCAGCAGCUGUCUCAAAAUGUCAAUAGUGCCAAUCUGCAAAACCGUGAUCUGUAAGUCCCUCUCCCCCUCUCUCCCCUGGCUAUGUAUUUACUGAAGAAACCAGUUUAUUUGUCUUGCAGUCUUUUACUGUCUGGAUUUUGCUGACUGCAUCCCCUAAAUGUUACUGAAUAUACUUCUCUGUCCCUUAUAUUUCCUUUAAACUGAUAAUCAAAUCUACAUCAGAUUUAUUUAAAUUUUGGGGUAAGAAUCAUUAAUAGGAGCUGGCACUGUGGCACAGCACGUUAAGCCACUGCUUGCAAUACUGACAUCCAAAGUCAGAGGGCUGAUUCAACUCCCAGCUACUCUGCUUCUAAUCCAGCUUCCUGCUCAAGGACCUGGGAAGGCAGCAGAAGAUGGCCCAAAUACUUGGGACUCUGCCACCCAUGUGGGAGACCAGGAUGGAGUUCCUGGCACACAGAUGGAAUUUCUCUCUCUCCAUCUCUCAAAUAAAUAAAUAAAUCUUUAAAAAAUGCUUGGGUUGGCACUGUGGUGCAGUAGGGUAAGCCUCAGCCUGCAGCACCAGCAUCCCAUAUGGGCACUGGUUCGAGUUCCAGCUGCUCCACUUCUGAUCCAGCUCCCUGCUAAUGCACCUGUGAAAGCAGGGGAAGGUGGCCUAAGUCUUUGGGCCCCUGUAGCCACGUGGGAGACCUGGAGGAAGUUUCUGGCUCCUGGCUUCAGUCUGGCCCAGCACUGGCCAUUACAGCCAUUUGAGGAGUGAACUAGCAGGUAGAAGACUUCUCUCUCUCUGCCUCCACCUCUGCAUCUCUGUAACACUGCCUUUUAAACAAAUAAAUUUGAAAGUUUUAUAUAUAUAUAUAUAUAUAUAUAUAUAUAUAUAUAUAUAUAUAUAGACUGGGUUGUGGUAUAGUGUACUUGCAAUACUGGCAUCCCAUAUGAGUGCCAGUUCAAGUCCUGGCUGCUCUGUUUCCAAUCCAGCUCCCUGCUAGUGCACUUGGAAAAGCAGAGGAAGAUGGUCCAAGUCCUUGGGCCCCUGCCAACCAUGCUGGGAGACCCAGAUGGAGUCCUGGGUUCCUGGCUUUAGCUGGGCCCAGCUUUGGCUGUUGAGGGUAUUUGGGGAGUGAACCAACAGAUGGAAGCUCUCUCUCUCUCUCUCUCUCUGUUGCUCUUUCAAAUAGAUAAAUAAAUCUGUUUUUUUUUUUUUUUUUAAAUACUAGGUGGUGAUGAAGAAAAAAUACUUACUAGGUGGUGAUGGUGUACCUCCUGGAAAGGUGUACCAUCUGGUUGUCUCUCUUUCCAAAGGCUAACAACACUGAUGACUGUAUCAGACCUUACUCCCUGGUCCGCCCUUUACCAAGUUCUCCAUCAACUUUUCAUAAAAUGGUCUUUGUAGGCCAGCGCCGCGGCUCACUAGGCUAAUCCUCCACCUAGCGGCGCCGGCACACCGGGUUCUAGUCCCGGUCAGGGCGCCGGAUUCUGUCCCGGUUGCCCCUCUUCCAGGCCAGCUCUCUGCUGUGGCCAGGGAGUGCAGUGGAGGAUGGCCCAGGUGCUUGGGUCCUGCACCCCAUGGGAGACCAGGAGAAGCACCUGGCUCCUGCCAUCGGAUCAGCGCGGUGCGCCGGCCGCAGCGCGCCGGCCACAGCGGCCAUUGGAGGGUGAACCAACGGAAAAGGAAGACCUUUCUCUCUGUCUCUCUCUCUCACUGUCCACACUGCCUGUCAAAAAAAAAAAAAAAAAAAAGAAAAUGGUCUUUGUAGUCUUCUAUGAUCAUUGUCACAUCUAGCACUACAUUAGGGGUUACACGAUGGCGAUAUUCUGUAUCUAUAUUUUCAUCCGCAUUAUUAGCAGUCAUUCUAUUAAAAAAAAAAAAAAAAAACUUUUCCAGGGUCGGUGUUGUGAUGUAGUAGGCUAAGCUUCCACCUGUGGCAGCAGCAUCCCAAAUGAACACUGGUUCUGCUCUCGACUGCUCCUCUUCCAAUCCAGCUCUCUGCUAUGGCCUGGGAAAGCAGUAGAAAAUGGCCCAAGUGCUUGGGUCCCUGCACCGUCAUGGGAGAUCCAGAAGAAGCUUCUGGCUCCUGGCUUUGAAUCAUCCCAGGCCUGGUUGAUGCGGCCAUUUGGGGAGCAAACUAGCAGAUGGAAGACCUUUCUCUUUCUCUCUUAACUCUACCUCUGGAAAAAAAAAAAAGAAAAGAAAAAACUUUCCUCAUCAAUUAUUUGGUUAUCUGGAGGGAGAAGCUCAUGUAGGAAAUAAUGGAUAAUUUUAUCAAUUUUCACACCAAUGAGUUAGUUCCCUGGAAUCCUCUAGGAAGAAAAUGAGGUUUUUGUUGUUUUAACUUUUUUUUUCUUAAAAAAGGUUUAUUUUAUUUAUUUGAAAGGCAGAGUUACAGAGAGAGAGAGAGAGACAGAGACAGAGACACACAGAGUGACAGAUCUUCCAUCCUCUGGUUCACUCUCCAAAUGGCUACAAAGUCAGAAGCUUCUUCCUGGUCUCCCACUUGGGUGCAGGGGGCCAAACACCUGGGCCACCCUCUGCUGCUUUCCCAGGCACUUUAGCAAGGAGUUUUUUGUGUUUUUUUUUUUUUUUUUUUUUUUUUUUUUUACAGGCAGAGUGGACAGUGAGUGAGAAAGAGACAGAGAGAAAGGUCUUCCUUUUGCUGUUGGUUCACCCUCCAUUGGCUGCCACGGCCGGUGUGCUGUGGCCGGCGCACCGCGCUGAUCUGAAGGCAGGAGCCAGGUACUUAUCCUGGUCUCCUAUGGGGUGCAGGGCCCAAGCACUUGGGCCAUCCUCCACUGCACUCCCUGGCCACAGGAGAGAGCUGGCCUGGAAGAGGGGCAACUGGGACAGAAUCCGGCGCCCUGACCGGGACUAGAACCCGGUGUACCGGUGCCGCAAGGCGGAGGAUUAGCCUAGUGAGCCAUGGUGCUGGCCAGCAAGGAGUUUUAUUGGAAGUGGAGCAGCCAGGACUUGAACCAGUGCUCAUAUGGGAUGCUGGCAUUGCAGGCCGCGGCUUUACCCGCUACGCCAGUUGCCUGUUUUAUUUAGCUUUUUGGCUUUUUGUAUUGUUGUUUUUCCAGGUUUUUCAAGAGGUAUAAUUUUACUUGUUUUCUUUUUCAAGAGAGGCUAUUUUUUUUUUUUUAACUUGAGAGACAGAGUAAGUUCCCAUUAGCUUGUUCACUCCUCAAAUGCCUGAAACAGUCCAAGCCAGAACCAGAAACUCAACCCAGGCCUCCCAUGUGGGUGGCAGGGACCCAGUUACUUGAGCCGUCACCCCUAACUCCAAGGGUCUGCACUGCUAGAAAGCUGGUGUCAGGAGCCAGAGCUGGGCGUCAAAGCCAGGCACUCCGGGUGUCCUAACCAUCAUCUUAAUUGCUAGGCCAAAUGCCUGACCCUGAUUUUACUUUUAUUUAUUUAUUUGAAAGGCAAAGUUGGAAGGGGGGAGAUAUAUAGAGUGAGAUCUUCCAUGCACUGGCUCAUUCCUCAAAUGGCUGCAAUGGCCUGGACUGUGCCAGGUCAAAGCCAGAAGCCAGGAACUCCAUUUAGGUCUCUCACAUGGGUGCAGGGGCCCGAGCACUUGGGCCAUCUUCCACUGCUUUCCCAGGCACAUUAGCAGGGAGCUCGAUGGGAAGUGGAGCAGCUGGGACUUGAACUGGCAUCCAUAUGGGAUGCCGGUGUUCCAGGCAGCAGCUUAACCUGCUGGGCCACACACCAGCCCCCAGCAGCUGCUACGUGUCCAGCCCUGUGCUAGGUGCUGGGGACUAGAACAGAGAACAAAACCAGUCGUGGCACUUCCCCUUAGCAAGGCACUCAUCAAACAAUCACAAAUGCAUGUCUGAUGGCAACUGUGGGGUGAAUUUACUUAUGAGAAUGUGUCUUUACUCGAAAAGAUCGCACUGCACUGGUAACAAGCUUGUGUGUAUUCUCUGU